AUGGCUUCCAGGAUUCCUCACCACUCCGCCCACCCCUUCUUGGAUCCCCAUUCCCCAUGGCUUCCAAGGAUACACCUUCGCCACCCUUCCCAAUUCCCUUCACUGGCUUCCCAAGGAUCCCUCGCCCACUUCCCUCAUUCCCCACUGGCUUCCAAGAUUACCCCACCCUCACCACUUCUCAUUCAUUUCCGGCCCUGUCCUCAAGGAUCCACUUCGCCCAUCAUCCCCAUUUCAUUGGUUCUUCCAAGGAUACACCUCGACCUACUUCCCAUCAUUCCCCACUGGAACUUCCAAGGGAUAAGGCCACCUUCCCACCAUUCCCCACCUCCGCCCCACCUUCCAUCAUUCCCCACUUGGCUUCCCAAGGAUACACCCUCGCACUUCCCAUCAUUUCCCCACUGGCCUUCCAAGGAUACACCUCGCCACUUCCCCAUCUUCCCCACUGGCUUCCAAGGAUCACCUUCGCUACUUCUCAUCAUUCUCCACUGUCUUCCAAGAUACACCAUCGCCACGGUUCCCAUCAUUCCCCACCCCCUUGGCUUCCAAGGAUACACCUCCCACCCACUUCCCAUCAUUCCCCACUGGCUUCCAAGGAUACAUCUUGCCACUUCCCAUCAUUCCCCACUGGCUUCCAAGGAUACAUCUUGCCACUUCCCAUCAUUCCCCACUGGCUUCCAAGGAUUACCACGUCGCUACUUUCUCAUCAUUCUCCCCAUGUUUUUCAAGGAUACCACCUUGGCCCACUUCCCAUCUCCCCCAUCCCCAUUGGCUUCCAAGGAUACACCUCGCCACUUCCCAUCAUUCCCCACUGGCUUCCAAGGAUACACCUCGCCACUUCCCAUCAUUCCCCAUUGGCUUCCAAACGGAACAACCCUCCGCCCACUGUUCCCCAUCAUUCCCCACUGGUCUUUUGCCCAAAAAGGAUACACCUCGCCAUUCCCAUCAUUCCCCACUGGCUUCCAAGGAUUUACCCCAACCUCGCCAUGGCCCACAUUCCCCAACUGGUUUCCAAGGAUACAACCCUCACCACUCUUCUCAUCAUUUCCCCACUGUCUUCCAAGGAUACACCUCACCACAUUACCAAUCAUGUCCACACUGGCUUCAAGGAUACACCUCGCCACCUUCCCCCAUCAUUCCCCACUGGCUUCCAAGGAUACAUCUUGCCACUUCCCAUCAUUCCCCACUGGCUUCCAAGGAUACACCUCGCCACUUCCCAUCAUUCCCCACUGGCUUCCAAGGAUACACCUCGCCACUUCCCAUCAUUCCCCAAUGGCUUCCAAGGAUACACCUCGCCAACUUGCCCAUCAUUCACCACUGUCCUUACCAAGGAAUCACUUGCCACUUCCCAUCCAUUCCAUGUGGCUUCCAAAAAAAAAGGAUAACUUCGCCCACUUCCAUCUUUCCCCACUGGUUCAAGGAUACCACCUCCGGCCACUUCCCAUCAUUUCCCCAACUGGCUUCCAGGAGUUACACCUCGCCACUUCCCGAUCAUUUCCCCCACGGGGCUUUCCCAAGGAUUUACCACCUCGCCACUUCCCAUCAUUUCCCACUGGCUUCCAAGGAUUACAACCUCCUCGCCACUUCCCAGUCAUUCCCCACUUGGAUUCCAAGGAUACACCCUCACCAACCUCUUCCCAUUCAUUCCCCACUGGUCUUCCAAAGGAUACACCUCGCCAUUCCAUCAUUCCCAUUGGCUUCCAAGGAUUACCCCACCUCGGCCAUUACCAAUCAUUCCCCACGGGCCUUCCAGGAUACCACCUAGCCACUUACCAUCAUUCCCCACUGGCUCCAAGGAAACCAACUCGGCCACUUCCCAUCAUUUCCCCAUUCGCUUCCAAGGAUAACCUUGCACACUUCCCAAUUCCCCCAUUCCCCCACGGCUUCCAAGGAACAACCUCGACCCACUUUACCAUCAUUCCCCAACUGGCUUCCAAGGAUAACACGCCUCGCCACUUCUCUCAUUCCCCACUGUCUUCCAGGAUUAACCGCCCACUUCCCAUUCCCCAUUCCCCAAUGGAUUCCAAGGAAUACAACCUCGCCCACUUCUUCCCAUCAUUCCCCACUGGCUUACAAGGAUUACCAACUCGGCAACUCCCCAUCAUUCCCCACCGGAUCCAGGAUACCCACCUUCGCCACUUCCCAUCAUUCCCCACUGUCUUCCAAGGAUACACCUCGCCACUUCCCAUCAUUCCCCACUGUCUUCCAAGGAUACACCUCGCCACUUCCCAUCAGCCCCAAUUGGCUUCCAAGGGAUACACCUCGCCACUUUUCCCAAUCAUUACCCACUGGCUUCCAAGGAUUACAACCUCGCCACAUUCUCAUCAUUCCCACUGUCUUCCAAGGAUUACCCACCUCGCCACUUUCCCAUUCCAGUUUCCCCAGUGGUCUUCCAAGGAUACACCUCGCCACUUCCCAUCAUUCCCCACUGGCUUCCAAGGAUACACCUCACCACUUCCCAUCAUUCCCCACUGGCUUCCAAGGAUACACCUCGCCACUUCUCAUCAUUCCCCACUGUCUUCCAAGGAUACACCUCGCCACUUCCCAUCAUUCCCCAUUGGCUUCCAAGGAUACCACCUAGACCAACUUCCCAUCAUUCCACCCCACUGGGAUUCCAAGGAUAACACCCUUCAACCAACUUCCCAUCAUUCCCCAACUGGCUUCCAAGGAGACACCUCGCCAACUUAUCAAUCAUUCCCCACUGUAUUCCAAGGAUACAUUCGGCACUUCCCAUCCAUUGCCCACCUCGCCACUUCCCAUCAUUGCCCAUUGGCUUCCAAGGAUACACCUCGCCACUUCCCAAUCUUUCAUACGGACGCUGCUCUCUUCCUUGCUUCUCGAAGUCUGACUCAUAUUUUCUCAUCUAAUCAUCAUUUAUUAUAUUUAACCCAAAAUGAGGUUGCUAAGCAAUCAUUCUUUGCAAUCAGCCAUACCAUCAUAUAG